AUGGAGUGCGAGCCCGAGGAGCUGCAGUUCCUGGGCCCCGUCGGCAUCUACCGGGAGUCGGUGGCCAUCCUGCGCGCGCACCGCCCGCUCUACGCCCGCAUCGCCGCCGCCUUCGUCCUCCCGCUCUCGGCCCUCUUCCUCGCCCACAUCACCAUCUCCCACGCCCUCUUCUCCACCAUCAACUCCGACGACUCCGCCCUCGAGUCCUCCGCCCCCGGGACCGCCUCCCAGCAGCGGAUCCUCCAGCGGCUCGGCGCCGACUGGGCCGCCCUCGUCCUCUUCAAGGCCGCAUACCUCCUCGCGCUCCUCCUCUUCUCGCUCCUCUCCACCGCUGCCGCCGUCUUCUCCGUCGCCUCCGUCUACUCCGCCAAGCACGACGCGCUCACCUUCCCGCGGGUGCUCUCCGUCGUGCCCCGCGUCUGGCGCCGCCUCGCGGCCACCUUCCUCUCCGCCUUCGCGCUGCUCUUCGCCUACCACUUCGUCUUCGCCGUCGUCUUCAUCGCGCUCCUCGUCGCCGUCGACAAUGGCUCCACCCUCGCCGGGCUCCUCGCCUUCGUCGUCAUCGUCGCCUACCUGGUCGGGCUCGUCUACCUUAGCGUCGUCUGGCACCUCGCCAGCGUCGUCUCCGUGCUCGAGGACUACAAGGGGUUCCAGGCCAUGCGCAAGAGCAAGGCGCUCAUCCAGGGGAAGCUCUGGACCGUCGUGAUCAUCUUCGUCACGCUCAACAUCGUCUUCGUCGUCGUGGAGUUCGCCUUCCGCGCCUGGAUCGUCCAGGGCGCGCGCCACGGUCUCGGCGCGGGAGGGAGGCUGCUCCUUGGCCUCGUCAUCCUGGCUGCGCUGUGCUCGGUCGUCAUGGUGGCGCUGGUGGUGCAGACGGUGGUGUACCUGGUGUGCAAGAGCUACCACCACGAGAGCAUCGACAAGAGCAACAUCUCCGACCACCUCGAGGUCUACCUCGGCGACUACGUCCCGCUCAAGGCCAGCGACGUGCAGAUGCAGCACUUCGGCGACGAGGUCUGA